ACGGCUUGUCAUCCGUGACGUCACGGUAAACAUUCAGCGCGGAAGUGAUUUAACUGUAUUCAUUGCGAUUUGUGCUAAUCACUGAUUCAAUUUACCGUGGUAAAAAUGUGGAAAUUUAGAAGUCUCUCUGAGACGCAGUAACCAAACAUCAGUUCACUUUUAAAGGACAGAUAUAUUGACGAAUAAUCGCGAUCACAAUGACUAAUGCCACUUUACAGAAAGCCAUUGACUUGGUCAGCAGAGCCUCAGAGGAAGACAAGGCGAAAAACUACGAGGAAGCUCUGCGUCUCUAUCAACAUGCAAUCCAGUAUUUUCUACAUGUGGUGAAGUAUGAAACUCAGGGAGAAAAAGCGAAGCAGAGCAUCAGAGCAAAGUGUGCCGAUUAUCUGGACAGAGCGGAGCAGCUAAAGCAGUAUCUGAAGAAGAAAGAGAAUGCACCGCCAUCCAAACCUGUGAAGGUUCCCCAGUCUGAUGAUAAAGGGAAUGACAGUGAUGAUGGCGAUUCAGAGAAAAAGAAAUUCCAAAAUCAACUCCAAGGUGCCAUUGUCAUGGAGAAACCCAACAUAAAGUGGGAUGAUGUUGCUGGUUUGGAGGGAGCAAAGGAGGCCCUUAAAGAAGCUGUCAUCCUGCCAAUUAAAUUCCCCCAUCUUUUCACAGGGAAAAGGACUCCAUGGAGAGGGAUUUUACUCUUUGGCCCUCCAGGUACAGGAAAGUCCUACCUGGCUAAAGCAGUGGCUACUGAGGCCAACAACUCCACCUUCUUCUCCAUCUCGUCAUCAGACCUGGUGUCCAAGUGGCUGGGAGAAAGCGAGAAGUUGGUGAAGAAUCUGUUCAGCCUGGCUCGGGAGAAUAAGCCGUCCAUUAUAUUCAUUGAUGAAAUUGACUCAAUGUGCGGCUCGAGAAACGAGAACGAGAGCGAAGCUGCCCGUAGGAUCAAGACGGAGUUUCUGGUCCAGAUGCAAGGCGUUGGAAAUGACAAUGAAGGAAUUCUGGUUCUUGGAGCAACCAACAUACCCUGGACACUUGAUUCUGCCAUUAGAAGAAGGUUCGAGAAGCGCAUCUACAUCCCUCUUCCCGAGCAGCACGCUCGCGCCUCUAUGUUCAAACUCCACCUUGGCUCCACCCCCAAUACUCUUACCGAAGCUGAUUUCAUAACACUUGGGAAGAAGACCAAUGGCUACUCGGGUGCUGACAUAAGCAUCGUAGUUCGGGACGCCCUCAUGCAGCCCAUUCGCAAAGUUCAGUCAGCAACUCACUUUAAAAAGGUCAAAGGAAAAGCAUGGAACAACCCUGAUGUCAUCGUGGAUGACCUCUUGACCCCCUGUUCUCCGAACGACCCCAAUGCGAUACAGUUGACCUGGGUAGAUGUGGCGAGCGAUAAACUCCUAGAGCCAAUAGUUUGCUUGGAGGACAUGUCCAGGUCACUUGAGAAAACCAAGCCCACCGUGAAUGAGGAGGAUCUGGAGAAACUGAAGAAGUUCACUGAGGACUUUGGCCAGGAGGGCUAAACAAAGAGAACUGACUCAUUUGUUCCACAGGGAGCAAAGUUUGUGCAGGGUUUUUGUCUUUUAAUUCAUUGUAAAUUAUAUACAUUUCCCCUAACUGUGGCAUCUAUUUAUAUUUUGUCAAUUAAUGUGUUUACUAUGCCAUAAAACAUGGGUUUUGCUUA